AUGAGGGAUGGGAUGUGUCGGCUGGUGGCCACGCUGCCUCAGCUGGACGAGCAGAAAUGCCCGGAUAUGUUUCGCUGCACAGACGAGGUUUCCUACUGGCUGCAUGAGAACGAGGAGAGGAAGCAGCAGAUCGUGGCGCUGAAGGAAACCAUCUCUGAGCUUCAGGAGGAGCUGAGGAACCACCGGCACCGCAUCAGAGUCCUCGAGCUGCAGAGUGAAGGGAAGAACCACUUGAAUAACUCCUUGGAGGAGCGUUUUCACGAGUUGGAGCAUCACUAUACUGAAGCCACCACCCUGCUGCACCUACAGGGCACUCUGAUCUUAGACCUCCAGAACCAACUCCAUAAUGUGACACUUUUGGUGGAUAAAGUAAAAAGAAGCCCCGGGUGCUCAGUCAACAUGGUCCGUCCCAGCCCACUGAUGAGUGCUCAAGAAGCUCUGCACCCAGAGAUUCAGCAUGUGAGGAACUGUCCCAUAGACUGUGCUUCCAUCCACUACAAUGGAGUGAGGAGAUCAGGUCUCUACACAGUGGUGCCAUCAAUGGCCGGCAUGCCUGUGGAGGUCUACUGUGAUAUGGACACAGAUGGUGGUGGCUGGACUGUGAUUCAGCGGCGUGCUGACGGCUCAUUGAGCUUUGACCGUAACUGGAGGGACUACAGGGACGGCUUUGGUGACCUGCACUCAGAGUUCUGGCUGGGCAAUAACCACAUACAUGACCUGAGCACCCAGGGAGACUACAGCCUCCGCAUCGACCUGGAGGACUGGAGCAACAACCACAAACAUGCCCUCUACCAGAGCUUCAGUGUGGAAGAUGAAGAGCAUCAGUACCGGCUCCAUGUGUCAGGCUUCAGUGGGACAGUGCAGGACUCUUUCAGCUGGUACCAUGACAAGCAGGGCUUCAGCACGCCAGACAGUGGCAACAUCUGUGCUGAGAUCUCCCACGGCGGUUGGUGGUACAACCAGUGCUUCUACGCCAACCUUAAUGGCGUCUACUACAGGGGAGGCCAUUACACCCCUAAAGGCCAGGGGCCGCUGGGUCCUGAUGGGAUCGUUUGGUACUCCUGGAGAGACUCUGACUAUUACUCCCUACGCAAAGUCAGCAUGAUGAUCCGACCACGCUCUUUCCGAACUCGGGUGUCCCCAUGACCCAAUGUAACCAUGACAUUGGUUAGGACACAGGAAGAAUCCCAACAGUAGCCCACAUGGGCCUCUCACUGGGACACCAGGGUGAUGAUGACAUCCAGUGAUGUUUUUAUUGACAGAGCUCAUCAAGGACUGAAUGCUGUCUCUUAUGUCAACAACAAUGGCCUCUCUCCUGCUAUUUUUGAACCACUGUAUGUGCAAAUGUGGCCGGUAAGCUCGGUAUCCUCAAUACUCUGGACUCAUUAUCUGCUGUAUAUUUUUGAAAACACAAACUUCAUACUGUGGAGUUCUUUUUGGGACACGGAUAUUUUUCAUUCAGUCACAGGGAAGAGAGUUUUUCCAUAUUUUCUACUUCUAUUUUGUACCUUUAGUUUGUUACACUUACAGUACACACUAUUAGCAACCCAGCCAAAAACAAGGUACAUUCGUAUGAUGUGUUGACAGACGAGUGAAUGGGGCUCACAGAAGAGGC